ACUAGGAAGUCUUCAACUACUUCUGGGUCCUCUGACGUGGGACGAGGAAUACGACAAUCUGCUGUGGGGCGGAAAAUAGCGGCUCCACUUCUCGGAUGUCUCAAGAGUCAUCAUUGAACAAACUUUUCUGUACGAAAACAUAACAAUCUCCACGAGGACGUCAGGUUGAUCUUCUUGGAGGAGACCCACUGAAAAAGGAGGACAUCAUGCCGAGGAGGACCGUGCUCGAAGUGACCGUGCAAGAUGUCCAAAAACGGAGGAACCCCAGCAAACACUACGUUUACAUCAUCAAAGUGUCCUGGAGCGAUGGCAGCACGGAAAUCAUUUACAGACGCUACAGCAAGUUUUUCGACCUGCAGAUGGAAUUACUGGAUAAAUUCCCAGUGGAAGGAGGUCAGAAAGACCCCAAGCGCAGGAUAAUUCCUUUCCUACCAGGAAAGAUCCUGUUCAGAAGGAGCCAUAUCAGAGAUGUGGCCAUGAAAAGGCUAAGGCCCAUCAAUGAAUACUGCAGGGCCCUCAUCCAGCUUCCAGUAUACAUUUCCCAGUGUGAAGAGGUCAAAGUAUUUUUUGAGACGAGACCAGAAGACCUCAACCCACCUAAGGAGGAACCAACAGGAAAGAAAAAAUCAGGGUUUGUGGAGAGAGCGACUACUUUCCUAAAGCGAGGAGAUGCCAACUCAGCAGACCCGCUCGUGCUGGACCAGUAUGUGGCGGUAACGAACUACGAGAAGCAGGAGAGCUCUGAGAUCAGCCUGUCUGUUGGUCAGGUGGUGGAGGUCAUUGAGAAAAAUGAGUCGGGGUGGUGGUUUGUGAGUUCAGAGGACGCACAAGGUUGGGUUCCUGCCACCUGCUUGGAGGCCCAGGAUGACCCUGAUGACAUCACUGUUCCAGGAGAAGAAGCGCCUCGGAGAUUCUGGUCUUUACCGAGGCACGUGGGCCGGCGCAGAACUUUUGGGGAUCUUUUCAGCAUGGGCUUUGGGCAAGAGGAGAAAUAUUCAGUGAUUUAUCCCUAUUCCGCUCGGGAUGAGGAUGAGAUUGACCUGGAGAGAGGAAUGAUUGUGGAAGUUAUGCAGAAGAACUUGGAGGGCUGGUGGAAAAUCAGGUACCAAGGACGCGAGGGCUGGGCCCCAGCCUCCUACCUGAAGAAGUCGGACAUUCAGAGCCAGAAGCAGGCGGCGGGCGGCGCAGCGCACGCCAGUGCCAACGACCUGGACGGGGUCUCCAAGCAGAACCAUGCGGUCAACUCCAACCGGGAGAACCAGAAAGAAAACAGACUCUCGUUCUUUUCCGAUCGAAAAAUGGGACUGAGACAAAGACCUCCACCACGAAGAGAUCUCUCCAUACCUCGUGGUACAAAUCUUCCCAAGCCCCCUGGUCCACCUCAAGUCGAGGAGGAGUUCUACACCAUCGCAGACUUCCAGACCACCAUACCUGAUGGGAUUAGCUUUCAGGCUGGAAUCAAAGUCGAGGUGAUUGAGAAGAACGGAAGCGGUUGGUGGUACAUCCAAAUUGAUGAGCAAGAGGGUUGGGCCCCGGCUACUUUUAUCGACAAGUACAAGAAGACAAGUAGCGCCCUCAGGCCCAAUUUUCUGGCGCCUCUUCCCAAUGAGAUGGAGAAGCUGCAACUGGAGGACAGUAGUUCAAGUGUUUCAAGCACCGAUGAUAGUUGGUCCAAGCCUUUACCGGAUGAACCGACAGCAGCCGCCGAUAGCUUUGCCCGCCCCAAGUUAAGAGACUGGAAGUCCAGCGCUACCAAGUCAUCGGCCUUCUCUGGACCGCUACCCCCAGCCCCGGUGUGUCCGCCUGAAGAGAAACCAGCUUUGCCACCUCGAAGGGAGUCCAUCCAUAAGAGUUUUGAGUUGGAGGUGGCUGAGAAACCAAGACCUGAUCAUUCUAAGCCUUUGCCACCAAAACCCCCAGUGCCAGGAGUCAUCAUACCAAUGGUUCCACCAAAGGCAGCACCUUUCAAACUAGAGAAAACCCCAGAACCAAAGAAGGAGGACAAGAGCAAAGCACUUCACCUUCGGAACGAAAUGGGUCUUGAAUGUGGUCACAAGGUCUCUGCCAAAGAGGUGAAGAAGUUCAACCUGAAACCAGUACCCAAGCAGCCACCAAAACCCAAGUCAGAAGUCCCGGAGGAGAAACCACAGCCAGCUGGUCCAGCUGUAUUCAUGAAGCCCAAACCGGUGAUCCGACCUAAACCUUUUCCAGCGACAAAGCCAGACCCGCCAGCAGCACCGGCAGCAGAGAACAAAGUUGACAUCACCAACCUGAGAAGUAAGCUGAGACCUUCAAAACCCGUAGAUCCCAGUUCUGCUUCAGGGGAGGCCAACCAUCAAAACGAGACCCCGGUGGUCGGUUCCCACCGUAGCAGUCCCCCUCCAAGCCUACCACCUGUUCAUACGUCGUCUCCAAGUAACAGCAGGAACUGUGAGGAACCCAAAUGUUCUCCUAAACACUUGAACGGCCACAGUCAGGAGAAACCAGCAGUGCCUUCCCACAAGGAAGUCCCUCAGAGACCACCGGCUUUGGUUCCAAGAAGACCCCCGCCUCCAAAGAAGACCGAGCCGUCCAGCCCUACCGACUUCAAGCCCGCUUCAAAAGAUCUGGGACCACCCCAACUCAACAGACCCCCACCCCCUAAACCUAAGGGUUUCUCUCAGGAGUCCAAAGUGAAUAAAAUCCCCAUUCCUCCGAAACCCCAAGUGAAGAGCGACAAGCCAGGUCCGCCCAGAGACAAACUCCCACCCUUGCUGAAGGAGUCCAGUAAGGACGAGCUGUAUCUGGCCGUGGCGGACUUCGAAGGCGAGGACCAGACGUCCAGCUUCAAGGUGGGGACGCUCUUUGAGGUGCUGGAGAAAAAUAGCAACGGUUGGUGGUUCUGCAAGAACGUAGGAGAAGAAGUCGAGGGCUGGAUCCCUUCCAAUUACUUGAGCAAGAAACCAUAGGUAGACAAAAAAAACUACUUUGUAGCAAGUAGGCUUUUUUUUAUUUUAUUUAUAGGUACACGUUCUUAUACUUACACUAAACCAGCAGAAACACACAUGUGAUGUUUACUUCUAUAAUCCAAACAUUUUAUUGGAAGCUUCCUGUCAGUGUUAGCAUUACAGAGGCUAGGUGUUAGCAUAGCAUUACAACUAAUCUCCACUAAAGAUGGGUACUGAAUUCAGGACUUUUAUAGGUACCGACAUUCUGUGUACCGUUCACGUAAAAUCGUUUGUGAUGUUACAUCUGUGUUACCAACUCAAAAACACUUGAAAGGAAAACAGAGUGGACUCUAGGUUGUUUUCCCUGCCAACAAAGCAAGUCUGCCUGAUAGAAAAACGCUCAAAAGUGUAGUGGGAGUAGCUCAAUGCUAAUUUGUAUUGGAAAUACCAUAAACAUGCUACUGAUUGGCGUUGGUGUUAAAGAGAACUACAAUAAGAUGCACAUUGCAAACAAACAGCCAGUGGGUAAUAAGUACAAUACUUACAGUACAAAAACUUUAUAGGACUCAACAAAAGACAAGACUCGCACAUUUAA